AUUGGUUAUAAUACUAAUCAGCAGGAGGGGCAGCUCAGCAGCUCAUCCGUCAGCAGCCAUAGCGGUCUCUCUGGGCAGUACCAGCAGUUACCGAGAGGAACAAGCUACCAUGGUCCUCAUCAAGGAGUUCCGUGUGGUUUUACCCUGUAGUGUUGAGGAGUAUCAAGUGGGGCAGCUGUUCUCAGUGGCUGAAGCAAGUAAAAAUGAGACAGGUGGUGGUGAGGGCAUCGAGGUACUCAAGAAUGAGCCCUAUGAAAAAGACGGCGAGAAAGGACAGUAUACACACAAAAUCUACCACCUAGAGAGUAAAGCCCCCGGGUAUGUCAAGCUGUUUGCCCCUGAAGGCUCCCUGGUAUUCCACGAAAAAGCCUGGAAUGCCUACCCCUACUGCAGAACCAUUGUGACGAAUGAGUAUAUGAAAGACAGUUUCUUUAUUAAAAUUGAGACUUGGCACAAACCAGACCUUGGAACGCAAGAAAACGUGCACAAACUAGACAAUUACACGUGGAAGACUGUAUCGACUGUGCCCAUUGACAUUGCAGACAGAAGUCAAGUGUCCAAUGCUGACUACAAACCAGAUGAGGACCCUGCCAAGUUCAAGUCAGUUAAGACCGGCAGAGGACCCCUUGGGCCCACCUGGAAGAGAGACCUGGUUAGCAAGACUGACUGCCCGAGGAUGUGUGCCUACAAACUGGUCACUGUGAAGUUCAAGUGGUGGGGCCUGCAGAGCAAAGUGGAGAACUUCAUCCACGAGCAAGAGAAGAGGAUCUUCACUAAUUUCCACCGCCAGCUCUUCUGUUGGAUUGAUAAGUGGGUGGAUCUGACUAUGGAUGAUAUCCGGCGGAUGGAGGCAGAGACACAGAAGGAGCUGGACGAGAUGCGUAAGAAGGGCUCUGUGCGAGGCACAAAGGCUGCAGAAGAGUAGCCAGGCCAGGUGUAGGUCUGAGUGUUGCUGUCUUCGCAGACGGGGAGAAGUGCGAGGAACCAGCGCUGCAGACGAAUGAAAAGGCAAAGGAUUUUAAACGCCCGCGAUGACGGCAGCGACGGAGACGGCUAAGAGGCCUCCUUUGGUGCCACUUUUUUAACCAGAACUGAUCCAGGCUGUGGAGAGGGAGGUUUGGGGGGGGCAACUCUGCUACCUGCAAUCAAUAGAGCAGAUCCCUGACUUGCAUCCAAUCAUAGACAUUCUAUACACUGAGGAAUUGAUUUCUAGAAACCAACACGAUCGUAGCUGAUAAGACUCUGCUUCGUUCUGAUCUCCUGGGCAGAGAAAGGCCAGCUAUCAGCAUCAUGUUAUUGACAAGACCUAGCCUUCCUGGAGAGAUGUAUGAAGAGGAGCUACUUGCAGCAGAGAAACAUUUUUACAAAAACAAAUUCUUGAUUCCACAGUGAAAGAUGUUGGACCAAAUAUUUCCUCCUGUCAUAUUUAGAUUUUCCUUUUUCUCCAAAAAACAUUCCUCUCAAGAUGAUGCCCCGUCUGACCUCUUUGUCUCCUCCUCGGUCUUAACCGUACACACUGUGGCUCAGCGGUUUGCAUUCCCCGGCAUGAGUCUGUCUGUUUGUCAUACUCAUGUUCCUUCCUGCCACAGCCUCAAUUAAGAGAUUACUAACACCCUCGGCGCCUUGGCCCAUUGUAAUCCUCCCCCCCCAUCACCCCACCUCACCCAAAGCACUGCAUCUUAUUAACACUGACAAUCAUGCCCGUACAGGUAUUCACUCUCACUCUCUAAAUACAGAUUUAAUAGAAACCCCCACCCACACACACACACACAUACACACAUGCAUAUGACGCAUAUACAUCGUGCACAUGAGGAUAAACAUGUGAAUUCACUCUCACACACUCACAGGUGUGGAUGCCUUUGCCGUGACUGAUCUCUUGAAAGCUCAAGCUGGGCAGAUCCAUGCAAGCUUGUUCAGCUAAAGGAUGUUACUUUGGAAGUGUUUACAGCUCCUACUGAUUUCCUUUUCUUUCUUUUUUUUCCCACCCCCCUGCCCUCCACACACACACACACACACACACACACACACUCCCUAUUCUGAAGACGUUCACACAUAACAUACAACACAGCAUUCACCUCCCUAACAGAUGUCCCCAGAGACAAACUGCACUGAAAAACAGCCACAGAUGGUGCUACACCCCUUGAGCCUCUGUCACAAGCCAAACUGCAGCGCACCGCUCGCCCCACCUCACCCGGCCCACCCCCAGAGGCCCGUCUCACUCAUCUGGUUCUCCGAGGUAGACGGUUUUCCAAAAAAAGGCCUCGUCUCUCCUGCUUCAUUCUAGGUGUGUUUACAGAUUCAUAACGGCCUUACCAGUCAGUCGACACCAGCACCGCACACUGCUUGCCUUAAUCUCCGGACCUGUUGGACCUAUCGGACCUACUGUACCUCUGCUGCCAGCUGUUGCUCUAGCUACCUCCCUUGUUUCUGUCUGGCAGUUUUUCCUGACACCUAAAGGUUAGCACGAGCUAUUAGCCUGCUACUUGUUAGGAGUAAAUCAUGGCAGACAGAGCUUUAUGAGUUGUUUGUGAUGACUCUUUAUUUUCUUCUGGGUUGCAGAAAGAAUUGCAUGUGACUCCCUUUUAUGUUUCCUGAUAUGUGUUGCCAGUGCAAUUCCUUCAGCAAGCAAAAAUGAUGUGUAAGUUGCAGCCAGAAACAGCCUGUACACCGCUGUUGGUGCAAAGAGCUGCAGAUUUACAUCUUUGAUAUGCCAUAUUAAUGAUUCUUCAAAACUCCAUAGUGCACUUUCUCCCCUCAGGCUUCAGAAUGGUGUGGCACUGGCCUACAGUGUUGGCCACCACUAGUGUUACAUACUUAAAUAGUACAAGUGGUUCCUCAUUUCAUCCUUGUUUUUGUGUGAUGUGUCAAUGUCUUAAAUUGUGCAACAGGAAUUGGGGUUUGUUUUUAAGAGAUCUAUUUUCCAUAUUUUUCCUUUCAAGACACCGAUUACGUAAUGAAAUAGUCUGGGUUCAAAGAGCUUAAUGUUUUUAUUAUCUGUAAAUCGUAUGAGGGAGUGUGAUCACCUCCUCAGUAAAUGGGUUAUUGGCUUGUCCAAAGAGUGUGAAUGGAUUUCUGAAAUGUUUACAUGACUUCAGCAUUUGUAGGCUGGUAUUAUAGGAAAGAUUUGGAAGCGAUUUGUGCGAGGCAACAUUUUUGUAAACAAUCAAAAUCUCAGGUGAACAAUAUGACACAAGGAUCUUUUGUUGAUAUCAGUUGCCCCAAACAAUUGACUUCUUUUCACCAUACCGUAUUCUUUUCUGUGGGAAAUAUGGUAAUACAGUGUCAACAUGUUGAUGGGACGUGGUUUGCUAUAUAGCCUGUUUUCGUUUCAUCACAGUAUGUGAGAAAGCCAGUUGGUUUCUGUUACCGUACUGGGAGUGUAUGCAUACGUCUCAAAGAGCGAAACAAUUGAUCUUCAGUGUUUCCAAGUCUAUCUUAAUGAUUCCUGCUGUCUGAUGAAUAGAGAAGCAGUGGCUAAAGAGAACAGCCUCAAUCAAUGGUUCGCCAUCUGUCAAGACAAUGAUAUGGGGAGAGGGGAAGUAUUCGCAAAGCAACUGUACAGUUGUAUUCUAAUUUAUAAAAAAUCUACAAUCGUUUAUUUCUGAACUGCUCGCUUUUUAAAUGUUUCUGAUCAGCUUUUUGAAAUUCAGGGGACGUGGUAGUGAAUGUAUGAGAUUUUGUGCCUUUUCUUUCUGAGAAUCUUGUUGUGUGCCAUUAAGUCUACAUAUUGUAUCUUAAUAUCAAAUAAAUUUCAUCUGGAAAAUUGAAUUCCA